UGGAUUACGAAGGAAGUCAUCUUGAAUUUAACAGCAUUCAAAGCGAUUAAUUAGAAAGACAAAAGUAUGGUUUCCUACUUUCUUUCAAAAGAACUACUAGGACAUGAUCAAGAUGUUCGAGGAGUAUGUUCAGUCUCAGAUGAAUUAAUAGGGUCCGCUUCAAGAGACGGAAAAUAUGGUAUAUGGAAAAAAAAUGGUGAGAAUUGGAUCCCUCAAUUCUAUGAGUUUCACGAGGGAUUCGUCAAUUCCAUAUGCUAUGUCCCCCCAAGUGAUUCUAAAACAAAAGGAUUUCUUUUCUCUGGAGGACAAGAUUGUUCAGGUAUUCUUCAGGAAAUCCAAGGCGAGUCUCCUGCUUACUAUCUAUUCGGGCACGAAUCCAAUGUAUGCUCAGUUCAUGCACUUGAUAGCACUACCAUCAUCACAGGAAGUUGGGACUCGACAGCACGUGUGUGGUCGUACGGACAAUGCAGACUUGUCUUACGAGGACAUGAAUCUUCGGUUUGGGCUGUCUUGGCUUUAGGAGAGGAUUCUUUUGUCACUGGUUCUGCUGAUAAAACGAUCAAAAUUUGGAAGGGCGAUAAAGUAGUGAAGUCGUUUGUGGCACACGUCGACUGUGUGCGAUCAAUUUGCAAAAUUCCCCAAGGUUUCGCCUCUUGUUCAAAUGAUGGUAUUAUAAAACUGUGGUCUUUAGAUGGACAUCUUUUACAAGAAUUACACGGACACACUUCGUUCGUUUAUUCACUUACAUACGUACCUUCACUAGAUUUAUUGGCUUCCUGUGGUGAAGACAAGUCUGUACGCGUUUGGAAGGAUUCUAAAUGCAUUCAACGUAUUGCCUUACCAACUACAAGCAUAUGGUCUGUUGCUGCUCUUCCAAAUGGGGAUAUUACCUGUGGAUCGAGCGACGGUGCUGUGCGAAUUUUCACUAUUGAUAAAGAACGAAUGGCUCCUGAGGAAGAGUUGAAAAAUUUCGAGCGUCGAGUGAGUGAAUACGCAAUUUCUACUCAAGAAGUGGGUGAUGUGAAGAAGGGCUCUUUACCUGGUCCGGAAGUAUUGGCGACUCCUGGUAAACAUGAAGGAGACGUGAUCAUGGUUAGAGUAAAUAAUGAUGUCGAAGCUUAUCAAUGGUCCCAAGUUGAAAAUGACUGGAAAAAGGUUGGACAAGUUGUUGAUGCUGUUGGAAGCAAUCGUAAACAACUGUAUAACGGUCAAGAGUAUGAUUACGUGUUUGAUGUUGAUGUAGCCGAGGGACAAGCUCCUUUAAAAUUACCAUAUAAUGUAACAGAAAAUCCUUUUCAAGCUGCUAUUCGAUUUUUGGAAACGAAUCACUUACCGACGUCGUAUACUGAUGAGGUAGUCCAAUUUAUUCAAAAAAAUACCGAAGGACAUACAUUUGAUACAUCGUCAGCAUCCCAAACCACGAACUCAUCUACUUCCAAGAAAGAUGUAACAAUAUUUCCAGUUGGUUAUCUUCUAUUUACUACUGCAAACGUGUCUGCUAUGUGUAAACGAUUGCUUAGUCUAAAUAGUACACACGCAAAUGCUCUUCCUCAAGGAGAUUUAGAAAAGUUACAACAUAUAUUAUCAAUGAAGUCUAUGAAAGAUUCUGAUCGUCAAGUUGCAAUUGAGAUCUGUCUUAAUGUACUGGAUCGCUUUAGUCUAUCUGAACGAUUUCCUGCGCUAGAUGCUUUACGGUUAUUAGCGAUUGACUGUCCACAGCAUCUAUGUGCAGUCCUUUUGGAAGUUUUUGCUCAGCUUGCCCAAUCAAUUACAGUCACCGGAAAAUUUGAGUCAAUUAAUAGCAUGUUGACACUACGGGGCCUAGCUAAUAUUGUUUCAAAUGUUUCAUCUGAAGAAGACAUAACAAAAUUAGCCAACAGCUUAUAUAAGACCGUACCGGGAGCCGAAUAUUCAAAAGAUUACAAAGUUGCCUUUGCGACGCUCGCCAUGAACCUUUCUGUGUUAUAUACCAAAAAAAGUCUUGAGGAAGCAGCGAUUGAGAUUCUACCGGUGUUGACAAACUUCUUAGCUGCAGAUUCUUCUGAGAGUGAAUCCUGUUACCGGGCUGUUAUGGCAUUGGGUAGUUUGUGUACGCUUUCAAACGUUGCCAUAGCAGCAUCGCAAGUUUAUGAUGUUCGAAAAACUGUAGAAAAAAUUUCAAAAGCAUUUUCUCAAGAGUCCCGUUUCCAGGAAGCAAAGGAUCAGUUCUGUUCGCUCUUGGAUAAGGUGACUUAAAAGCGGUAUACUUUCUAUAUAAUGCUAAUGAUAUUUUUAGUUCAACUUGUUGACUAUAUUGUGAUUACACUUGUUCUUCAUAGAUACUUUAUUAUGAACUUACUCAGUGCUCUGCUACUUCUUUUAUAUAAUCGCAUUCACGACAUUAUCUCUUACGGUUGUUAGUCAAAUUUCUUCUUUCACUUCAACUAUUUAUAUUCUUUAUGCCAUUUUAUUUCUUUUUAACCUUUCUUCCAGUUCUUUCGUAAAUUAUUAUUUUGUUUAACGAUAGUACAAUUAAUAUCACUAUUUAUCUAGUAUCCCAAUUUGAAGUUAAACCUGAAGUUGUCUUUCUCA